AUGGCCCUUCCGCUCUAUAUCCCGCAAUGUAUUCGGACUGCGGCUCAUCCGUUGCAUCCGCCGCCGAUAGACGAACCGGUGAGGAUUCAAAUCGAGGGGCCCUUGGUCUCGGUUCAGAGGCUUCUUCCUGAGGUACCGUGGCAUGUGGAUGCCGUAUACCGACAGGAUGUCCGACCUAAGAUCGUAGGGGACAUGGUCAUUCGAGAUAAGUACCUAGGGUGGGUUCACCAGAAGAAUGAGAUUGACUACUACGGCGUCACGUUCGACCACCUUGUUCCCGCCGACGAAUACUACCCUGAGGUGCUGCAGAUUAACAUUCUCGACAUGGACGAGGACGAUGGCGAAUACGCAAAUACGAACCUACCGUUUACGGUAGACCCCACAGAGUUCAUAGGGAAGAAGGUACUGGCGGUACCGCGGUGCUGUCAGAAGAGGAAGGGAAGCACGGACCGCUCGAGGGUGAACGGGUUGGUGACCCAGAAGGAUCUCAUCCGUGAAGGUGCACGUGGCUUGCGCUCAGAGGGUGGUCUUGCCAGGUCUAUCCAGGAGUAG